AUGGCCAGCCUGAAGAUUCUGUUCCUGGCUGUCCUUGUCCUCCUUGCUAUGACACUUCAGGCAACUGAGGCAGGCCCCUACGGCGCCAAUGUGGAAGACAGCGUCUGCUGCCGAGACUACUUCCGCCACCCCCUGCCUUCUCGCAUGCUGAAGUAUUUCUACUGGACUUCAGACUCCUGCCGGAGGCCCGGCGUGGUCUUCCUUACGGUCAGGGACCGGGAGAUCUGUGCUGACCCCAGGCUGCCCUGGGUGAAGAAGAUUCUGCAGAAGAUGAACCCAUGA